AUGGAUGAGUUCUCGUUUCCUUUUCCUCCUUACAAUAUUCAGCUUGAUCUUAUGAGAGAAAUAAAACAGUGCAUUGAGAAGCAGCAGGUUGGCAUUUUCGAAUCUCCUACAGGAACGGGUAAAUCGCUGAGUGUGCUAUGUGCAACCCUGACAUGGCUAGAGGAGUUUGAGAAGAAGUCCGAAGAAGAAUUGCUUCAGAAAUCGCGCCUCACUGAAGAGGUCAGCGAUGAUGGAGACUGGAUUGCGGCUCACAAGAAAAAAUUGGAAGUAAUGAAGAUCAAAGACGAUGCUUAUGACAAACUGCAAGCUUUGGAGAAGGUCAAGGAGAAAUUGUAUCAAGCAAGGGCAGGUGUUAUAAAGCGGAACCGGAAACGCCGUCUUCGCCCUGAUGGCAAUGCAGAAGAAAUGGAACCGGAAAUCGACGCUGUAGAGGAUAACACAGCGCCAGAAGAGUAUGUAUCUGAUGAUGAAGCCGAAUCAAAACCUGAGGUACCUCUGAAAACUGUCAAAGUGUUUUAUGCUUCUCGAACACAUUCUCAGUUGGAACAACUAAUAGAUGAAUUAAAGAAGACCAGAUUUAAACCUCGUAUCGUGACAGCUGCGUCGCGUCAAACAUUAUGCGCUAACGAAGAUGUGACGAAACUCAAGUUCAGUCAUCUUAUUAAUGAAAGGUGUAUGGAACUUCGAAAAGGAUGUGCUUCAGAAGGCAAAAGAAUGAAAUUAGACGGUAAAGAGAAUACAACAUCUGUGAAGAAGACGGCUAGCAAAUGCCCUUACUUCAAGAGCGAUGCUAUCGAAGAGCUCUCAAAUGAGAUAUUGGCUAGCGCUGUUUGCAGAACCAAUGAGGUGGUAGAUCGCGGUAAUGAGCUGGUUGCAUGUCCUUACUUUUCCACCCGACUGUCGCUGCCUCUCUGCCAGCUGGUUUUGCUUCCUUAUCAGGUGAUUUUACAUGCGUCAACACGAGCUGCUUGGGGAAUUGAUCUGAAAGGAAACGUUCUGGUUCUUGACGAGGCGCACAACGUCUUGGAGACAAUAGGUUCCCUAUAUUCGGCUGAACUGACAUCUGUAUCCACUACGCUGGCACUGUCUUUGUUACGAGAAUAUUUGGAGACUUAUAAAUCUCGACUGAAACCGAAGAACCUUUUGUACAUAAAGCAAUUAUUAGCAGUCGUAACAGCUUUCGACCAGUAUCUACGGAACAAUUUGAAUAGCCCAGAAGAAGUGCUCACAAUCCAGGGCCUUGUCAUUGCCCUGGGACUCACAGACGUGAAUUUCUUCAAACUAGUGCAUUAUAUGGACUGUACAGAUAUGUGCAGAAAGUUCCACGGGUUCUUUAUACGUUCGCAGAAGUCUCGGGUAUCCAUCUCGCAAAAGCCUUCUACAAAGAGUGGAAUCGCCAAGUUACUGGCGUCUAAAGAGUCAGGAAAUACCGAUCCUACUCCAGUGACAAGCGAUAAGGCUAGAUCUCAUCCGUCACCGUUGUUCACCAUAAAAGCUUUCUUAGAAGCUUUGAGCAACAGAUGUGAGGAUGGGAGGAUUAUAGUCGAGAAAAAAGGAGGAGCGGCUAAAUUUCGUUUCAUUCUACUAAAUCCCGCCUCACGUUUAAUGGAAGUUGUCAAGGAGGCACGAGCGACUAUUCUCAUUGGAGGUACAAUGGAACCCGCGGGAUUGCUGGUUGAUUGCUUGUCGCGUGGUGGAGUUGAAAAUGGAAUAAGGCGCUUCAGUUGUUCACAUGUGAUUGACGACCAUCAGCUGUUAGCACUCGCCAUUGGUCAUCAUGUACGAAAUGAAAAGUUCACCUUGACAUUCGAGACCCGUGAAGAUCCUCAGUGUAUGAAAUCUGUAGCGGAAGCUCUGAUGAUGCUCAUGCGCGACGUUCCAAAUGGUUGUGUUGUAUUCUUCACGAGUUACGAGUACAUGGCACAAUUCAUGUCAACGAUGGAGAAGUUCAAAGUUGUAAAUCAGUACAAUAUGAGAAAAACUGUUUUUAUCGAACCUCGCGGAGCAUCUGUAGACAUAUGGGAUCGAUUCGCUACCGCUGCUCGUGCUGGGCAAGGUGCAGUAUUGUUUGCUGUCGCAGGCGGAAAACUUAGUGAAGGAAUCAAUUUUUGUGAUGAACUGGGACGAGCAGUGUUUAUGGUCGGGCUACCGUAUCCUAACAAGAAUAGCAUUGAACUCAAAGAAAAAAUGAAGUAUCUGGAUUCUCAAGUACCAGGUGGCGGAAACCAGUUGUAUCAAUCAUUAUGUAUGCAUGUGAUCAACCAGGCCAUUGGACGUGCCAUAAGACAUCGAAAGGACUAUGCCGUAGUGUACCUGAUGGACUCUCGGUACCAGCACAAUGAUGUAAUCAACAAACUACCCGGAUGGAUUUCUCAAAGAUUGAAAUGUCCAACCUCGUUUUCCGAAACUGUUACAUUGACAAAAGCCUUCUUCCAACAGAAAAGAAGUUUCUGA